CCCGGGUCCCUCCGCCCGCUCUGGCCCCGGUGGUGGCCGGGGGAGGGCCCGGGGGGCCCGAGGAGGGCUCGGGAGGGCCGGCCCCGCUCAGGGGCCGGGGGAGGGUCCGGAGCCACCGGAGGAAGGUCCGGGGGGCCCGGCGGGGCCGGCCCGGCUCGGGUUACAGCUCCGGGGGGCGGCGGGGCCGGGACUUAAACGGGGCCGCGGGGCCGAGCGGGCACUGCCGGCCCCGGGCGCGGAUCGGGCGCAGCCGCCUCGCCAUGCCCGGACACCGCCCGGCCCCCGGCGGGCGCCGCUCCCGCCGCCCCGAGCCCGCAGCCACCGGCGCGGUCCCCGGAGCCGCCCCCCGGCCCGGGCUCCUGCUCCUCCUCCUGCUCUGCCUCGCCGCCGCCGCCGCCGCUCAGGACCGAGACCUCCCCGAGGCUGGCAGCUGCCUGCAGGACGGGCACCGCUACAGCGACAAGGACGUGUGGAAGCCGGAGCCGUGCCGGAUCUGCGUGUGCGACACGGGGACGGUGCUGUGCGACGAGAUCAUGUGCGAGGAGCUGCGGGACUGCCCCAGCCCCGAGAUCCCCUUCGGAGAGUGCUGCCCCAUUUGCCCCACCGAGCAGCCCAGCGGUUGGAAGCCUGGCCCCAAGGGACAGAAAGGUGAACCCGGUGACAUCAAAGACGUCGUAGGACCCCGAGGACCCCCGGGCCCGCAGGGCCCCGCAGGUGAGCAGGGACAGCGAGGGGACCGCGGCGAGAAGGGCGAGAAGGGCACCCCCGGCCCCCGGGGCAGGGAUGGGGAGCCCGGAACCCCAGGAAACCCCGGCCCCCCGGCGCCCCCCGGGCCCCCCGGGCCCCCGGGACCCCCCGGCCUCGGGGGAGGGAACUUCGCGGCUCAGAUGGCUGGGGGCUUCGAUGAGAAGGCUGGAGGGGCUCAGAUGGGUGUCAUGCAGGGACCCAUGGGCCCCAUGGGACCCCGCGGCCCCCCCGGCCCCUCCGGCUCCCCCGGUCCCCAAGGAUUCCAAGGCAACCCCGGCGAGCCCGGCGAGCCUGGCGCUGCUGGUCCGAUGGGUCCCCGGGGACCUCCGGGACCUCCUGGCAAACCCGGUGACGACGGCGAGACCGGCAAACCCGGGAAAUCCGGCGACCGCGGCCCGCCCGGCCCCCAGGGCGCCCGUGGCUUCCCCGGGACCCCCGGCCUGCCUGGAGUCAAAGGCCACCGGGGCUACCCCGGCCUGGACGGCGCCAAGGGAGAGGCGGGAGCGCCUGGAGCCAAGGGCGAGUCCGGCUCCCCGGGCGAGAAUGGCUCCCCCGGCCCCAUGGGUCCCCGCGGGCUGCCCGGAGAGCGAGGACGCCCGGGCCCCUCGGGCGCUGCGGGCGCUCGUGGCAACGACGGCCUCCCGGGCCCGGCCGGGCCCCCCGGUCCCGUCGGCCCCGCAGGAGCCCCCGGCUUCCCCGGCGCCCCCGGCUCCAAGGGUGAAGCGGGUCCCACCGGAGCGCGAGGACCCGAGGGUGCCCAGGGCCCCCGUGGGGAAUCCGGGACCCCCGGCUCGCCCGGCCCCGCCGGCGCCCCCGGGAACCCAGGGACCGACGGCAUCCCCGGAGCGAAGGGAUCGGCGGGAGCUCCAGGCAUCGCCGGCGCUCCAGGAUUCCCCGGCCCCCGCGGCCCACCCGGACCCCAGGGAGCCACCGGCCCGCUGGGCCCCAAGGGACAGACGGGCGAGCCCGGCAUCGCAGGAUUCAAAGGCGAGCAGGGACCCAAGGGAGAGACGGGCCCCGCAGGACCCCAGGGUGCCCCCGGACCGGCCGGGGAGGAAGGGAAGAGAGGAGCCCGCGGAGAACCCGGAGCUGCUGGACCUUUGGGGCCACCUGGAGAGAGGGGAGCUCCCGGCAACCGCGGCUUCCCCGGGCAGGACGGGCUGGCCGGCCCCAAGGGGGCCCCGGGCGAGCGCGGCCCUGCUGGCCUGGCCGGCCCCAAAGGAGCCACCGGCGACCCCGGACGCCCCGGAGAGCCCGGCCUGCCUGGAGCCAGGGGUCUCACAGGUCGCCCUGGGGACGCUGGGCCCCAAGGCAAAGUCGGCCCCACAGGUGCCCCUGGCGAGGACGGACGUCCCGGACCCCCCGGCCCCCAGGGGGCUCGGGGCCAACCUGGUGUUAUGGGAUUCCCUGGUCCCAAAGGUGCCAAUGGCGAGCCUGGAAAAGCUGGUGAAAAAGGACUUCCUGGAGCACCGGGGCUGAGGGGACUUCCUGGCAAGGACGGAGAGACCGGAGCCGCCGGACCCCCAGGACCUGCUGGCCCGGCAGGGGAGAGGGGAGAGCAAGGAGCCCCCGGCCCCUCCGGCUUCCAGGGACUGCCAGGGACACCGGGUCCCCCCGGCGAGAGUGGCAAGCCCGGAGACCAGGGCGUUCCUGGAGAAGCUGGAGCCCCCGGGCUCGUGGGUCCCAGGGGCGAGCGUGGCUUCCCCGGCGAGCGCGGCUCUCCCGGCGGCGCCCAGGGCCUGCAGGGGCCCCGCGGCCUCCCCGGCACCCCCGGCACCGACGGACCCAAGGGUGCCACCGGCCCCGCCGGGCCCAACGGCGCCCAGGGACCCCCGGGGCUGCAGGGGAUGCCCGGGGAGAGAGGAGCCGCUGGCAUCGCCGGUCCCAAGGGGGACAGGGGAGACGUUGGAGAGAAAGGACCUGAGGGAGCCCCCGGAAAGGACGGAGCUCGCGGUCUGACCGGUCCCAUUGGCCCCCCCGGCCCCGCUGGCCCCAACGGUGAGAAGGGCGAGUCUGGCCCCCCCGGCCCGUCCGGAGCCGCCGGAGCCCGUGGUGCCCCCGGAGAGCGCGGAGAGCCCGGAGCCCCCGGCCCUGCUGGAUUCGCCGGACCCCCGGGUGCUGAUGGCCAGCCCGGAGCCAAGGGCGAGCAGGGCGAGCCUGGCCAGAAGGGUGACGCCGGAGCCCCCGGGCCUCAGGGUCCCUCCGGGGCUCCUGGACCGCAGGGUCCCACAGGUGUCACCGGUCCCAAAGGAGCCCGGGGCGCUCAGGGACCCCCGGGAGCCACUGGAUUCCCUGGAGCCGCCGGACGCGUCGGACCCCCCGGCCCCAACGGUAACCCCGGACCCCCAGGACCGCCCGGCUCCGCGGGCAAGGACGGCCCCAAGGGCGCGCGGGGCGACGCGGGACCCCCGGGCCGAGCGGGGGACCCGGGGCUGCAGGGCCCCGCCGGCCCUCCCGGCGAGAAGGGCGAGCCCGGCGAGGAUGGCCCCGCGGGUCCGGACGGUCCCCCCGGUCCCCAGGGGCUGGCAGGACAGCGCGGCAUCGUGGGGCUGCCGGGGCAGCGCGGCGAGCGCGGCUUCCCGGGGCUGCCCGGACCCUCGGGAGAGCCCGGAAAACAGGGAGCACCUGGAUCUGCUGGUGACCGGGGACCCCCCGGGCCUGUGGGACCCCCUGGGCUGACUGGACCAGCCGGAGAGCCUGGAAGGGAGGGAAAUCCCGGCGCUGAUGGACCCCCGGGCAGGGAUGGGGCGGCAGGAGUGAAGGGCGAUCGUGGUGAGACCGGCCCCGUGGGCGCUCCCGGCGCUCCCGGCGCUCCCGGCGCUCCCGGCCCCGUGGGACCCACUGGAAAACAGGGAGACAGGGGAGAGACGGGUGCUCAGGGUCCCAUGGGUCCCUCUGGCCCUGCUGGCGCCCGGGGGAUGCCGGGUCCCCAGGGGCCGCGCGGUGACAAAGGCGAGGCGGGCGAGGCUGGAGAGCGCGGCCUGAAGGGGCACCGGGGCUUCACCGGGCUCCAGGGGCUGCCCGGGCCCCCCGGUCCUUCUGGAGACCAGGGCGCUGCCGGACCUGCGGGUCCCUCCGGGCCCAGGGGUCCCCCCGGCCCAGUGGGCCCCUCAGGCAAGGACGGCUCCAAUGGGAUGCCCGGACCCAUCGGCCCCCCUGGACCCCGGGGCAGGAGCGGCGAGCCCGGCCCGGCGGGCCCGCCCGGGAACCCCGGCCCGCCCGGCCCCCCUGGGCCCCCCGGCACCGGUAUCGACAUGUCGGCGUUCGCGGGGCUGGGGCAGCCCGAGAAGGGCCCCGACCCCGGGCGCUACAUGCGGGCGGACGAGGCGGCGCCGGGGCUGCGGCCGCACGACGCCGAGGUGGACGCCACCCUCAAGGCCCUCAACAACCAGAUCGAGAGCAUCCGGAGCCCCGAGGGCUCCCGCAAGAACCCGGCCAGGACCUGCCGAGACAUCAAACUCUGCCACCCCGACUGGAAGAGCGGUGAUUACUGGAUUGACCCCAACCAGGGCUGCACCCUGGACGCCAUCAAGGUCUUCUGCAACAUGGCCACGGGGGAGACGUGCGUGUACCCCAGCCCCGGCAGCAUCCCCAGGAAGAACUGGUGGAGCAGCAAGGCCAAGGAGAAGAAGCACGUCUGGUUCGGCGAGACCAUCAACGGCGGCUUCCACUUCAGCUACGGCGCUGAGGAGCUGGCGCCCAACACGGCCAACAUCCAGAUGACCUUCCUGAGGCUGCUGUCCACCGAGGGCUCCCAGAACGUCACCUACCACUGCCGCAACAGCGUGGCCUACCUGGACGAGGAGUCGGGCAGCCUGAGGAAGGCGCUGCUCAUCCAGGGCUCCAACGACGUCGAGAUCCGCGCCGAGGGCAACAGCAGGUUCACCUACAGCGUGCUGGAGGACGGCUGCACGAAACACACGGGGAAGUGGGGCAGGACUGUCAUUGAGUACCGCUCACAGAAGACCUCGCGCCUGCCCAUCGUGGACAUUGCACCUAUGGACAUUGGGGGACCUGAGCAGGAGUUUGGGGUCGACCUCGGCCCCGUCUGCUUCUUGUAAAAAAAAAAAAAGGAUUUUUUUGGUGUGGUUGUUUGUUUUUGGUUGUCGUGGUUUUUGUUUGGUUUGCUUUGGUUUUGUUUUUUUUUUUUAAAAAAGCCCGGCCUGAUUCCUUAAAAAAAGAAAAAAAACCACAAGAAACGGGAUCUACCCCAAAAAGGAGCUGAGAAGUUCUGCACUGAAAGGGCUCACCCCGAAUCAGGGAGCAACCACCUCAUCCCAACACCAGAAUCAAAGGAAAAACCCGUAAAUAUUUAUUUAUUCUCUUCCUGGAAGACCUGUUUUUGAGGUCAGGUGGAGGUGGGAAUGUCAGUGAUCCCUUUUUCCCUGAAAAAAAAAUGGGAUUUCACCAAUCCAGGUAUCAAAAAUCCCCUCCUCACCCCAAAUUUCCCCCUUUCCCCCCAGCAGGAGUGUUCAUGUAUAAUAUGAGUUAAAAAACACACAAAAAAAUCAAAAAAUGGUGCUAUUCUUGUAAAACAAGUCUGUAUUUUUUAACAUCUGUUGGUAUAAAAUGAAAAAAAAUCUAAAAAAAAAAACUUUUGGUCGAAAGUAAAAGUUGAGUUGAGUCUC